UUUUUUUUUAUAUAUAUCCACAUAUAAAAAAAAACCCCUUUAUUAUACACACAUACACACAUAUAUGAAUCAAAACAUACCAAUUGAUAACAAUGAUCAAGGUGACAGAGACGGUGCACCCAGAAUUCAAUUCGAUGAAUCCCAAAAGAAGGAAUAUCAAGUCCAGCAUAAUGAAAAGUUCUCGCAAAAACCCUUAACUCGUUCCUCUACCGGUGCUAGUUCCAAUGAUUUCGAUACCAAAUCUGUUCGCAGUGUGCUCAUGAACAAGAUGCACUUGGUCAAACGUAGAAGACAAAGUGUAGAUAACCAAGAAAAAGUAGAAGGCCCGCCUUAUCAUACCAUGGAUCUCGAUACCGUCAAUGGAUUGCUCAAAACUGAUCUUGAAGAUGGUCUUGAUGAAGACGCUGUUCCCGAAAGAAGAGCCCAAUACAGCUAUAAUGAAAUGGAAGGUGAGGGCGGUGUCAGUCCUGUCAAGCUCAUGAUCAAGCAGUUUAUGAACAUCAUGGUCCUUAUUCUCCUCAUUGCUAUGGUCGUCUCGUUUGUGUUUAAAGACUACAUCGAAGGUGCUGUAAUCUGUGCCAUCAUGUUCCUCAACGCCAUUGUAGGCUUCAUGCAAGAAUUCAAGGCCGAAAAGACCAUGGACUCUCUGCGUCAAAUGGCCUCUCCUACCAGUCAAGUCAUCCGUAACGGCCAUCAAAAGACCAUCCCCACUCGGGAAUUAGUUCCAGGUGAUAUUGUCAUUUUAAAAAGUGGCGAUGUCGUAGGUGCCGAUUGCCGUAUCAUCGAAGCCUUCAAUAUGGAUAUCGAUGAAGCGUUGUUAACUGGUGAAAGUAUGCCCGUCAAUAAAGUCUCAAGCGUCAUUCAAGGCGAAGAGGUCCCUUUGGGUGAUCGUAUCAACAUGUGUUACUCCAGCACCGUCUUAACCAAGGGUCGCGGUAAAGCCAUCGUCACCGCUGUCGGUAUGCAAACUGAAAUUGGUAAGAUUGCUAAGCGUCUUUUGGACAGUGGAGACAAUACCAAGACACCCCUCCAGAAAUCCCUUGACCGUAUGGCCCUUGUCUUGUUGGCCAUUGCCAUCGUUUCCGUCAUUAUUGUAUUUGCCGCCGCCAAGUUUAAUAUCACCAACGAUGUGGUUCUUUACGCUAUUUCUACCUCCAUUUCCGUCAUCCCCGAAGGCCUGGUGGCUGUCGUGACCUUGACACAAGCGUUUGGUGUACACAGUAUGGCUCAAUCAAAAGCUUUGGUGCGUCGUUUGGUUGCGCUUGAAUUGUUAGGAUCUGUGACAAAUGUUUGUUCUGAUAAAACGGGUACACUUACCCAAUCGAAAAUGGUCUUGACACGUUUAUGGCGUCCUAGCACUGGUUUUUAUUCUGUCUCUGGUUUGGGCUUUACAGUCGAUGGUGAAGUGACUUCAGAAACCGAUGGUACAGUGAUCACCAAAGAAAAUAUGGACGCUGGCUUUCAAACGAUGGUCAAUACCGCUGCACUCUGUAACAUGGCGGAACUCCGUAAAGACAAGAAAAAUGACGAAUGGUCUGGUAUUGGUGACCCCACUGAAAUUGCGCUUCAAGUGUUUGCUCAUAAAUUGAAGAAUGGUAAGCCUACUUUGGUCAAGAAGGAUGCACCCGACAACGAAAGCUGGAAGUUAAUCUCUGAAUACCCUUUUGAUUCUUCUGUGAAACGUAUGAGUGUUCUUUGUCGUUCUCCCGAGGGAUCCCAUAUGGCUUUUCUGAAAGGUGCAACGGAGCGUGUGCUCGAAAGUUGCUCUGGGAUGCUCAUGUCCGAUGAAGGUGAUAUCAAGUUUAUGUCCGUAGAAGAACUGGAAGCGUUGGUCCUUCCCAAGGUGGAUACUUUAGCACGUGGUGGUCUUCGUGUCCUUUCCUUAGCUAUGCGUCGUAUCAAACAUGCCGGUGAUAUCGCACAUGAUACCUUCAAUCGUGAAUUCAUCGAACGCGACAUGAUCUUUUUGGGUUUAGUCGGUAUCUAUGACCCCCCACGUCAAGAAUCCAAAUUGGCCGUAGAAGAAUGUCAUAAAGCAGGCAUCACCGUACACAUGUUAACAGGUGAUCAUAUCGCAACAGCUACUGCCAUUGCACGUGAAGUCAGUAUUGUACCUGCUACCUAUGGCCUUGAAGAAGACGUUGAAUUGUACAACAGUAUCAAGGCAACCGCUAAACCUCAUUUGGGAGACAAUAAAGAAAAUUUGGUUAUGACCGCACAACGCUUUGACAAGAUGUCUGAACAGGAAAUCGAUGCUUUACCCGAUCUCCCCUUGGUCAUUGCUCGUUGUAGUCCCGAUACCAAGGUUAAGAUGAUUGAAGCCCUUCAUCGUCGAAAGAAGAUUGCUGGUAUGACAGGUGAUGGUGUAAAUGAUAGUCCCUCACUCAAAGAAUCAGAUAUUGGUAUUGCUAUGGGAGAAAAUGGAUCGGAUGUAGCUAAACAAGCAGCAGAUAUUGUGCUUGUGGAUGAUAACUUUGCUACCAUUGUCAAAGCCAUUGAAGAAGGUCGUCGUGUUUUUAGUAAUAUCUCUCGUUUUGUCGUUCACAUGGUGUCUGGUAACGUUGCUGAAUUAACCCCUUUAUUAUUGGGUCUUGCCUUUAUUGAUCAAACCGGUGGCUCUGUCUUCCCCAUGACUCCCAUUCAAAUCCUGUUUAACAACAUCUUGACCAGUUCACCACCUGCCAUGAGUUUAGGUCUGGAACCCAUUCAUGCCGAUCAAAUGUUGGAACCUCCCCGUUCUUCAAAGGAUGGUCUCUUUAGAGUGUCCAAUUUGGUGGAUAUCAUGUUCUAUGGUAUCACCAUUGGUGUGAUUUGCUUAAUGAACUUUAUUGUCGUACUCUAUGGUUAUGGAACGGGUGAAUUAGGCCUCGAUUGUAACGGACACUACAAUGAUACAUGUGACGAAGUUUUUCGUGCUCGUGGUGCACUGUUCGCUACUUUAACUGUAAUCGUCUUAUUACAUGGCUUUACCUGUCGUGAUCUUCGUAACUCUACUUGGUCUAUCUCUGCUCUUAAGGGACCUCAAAACAAGUACUUAUUCUGGUCUACCUUGUUUGGUUUUAUCUUGUUGAUUGUCGCCUUGUAUGUACCAGUAUUGAAUACAGAUGUCUUCCGACACAAGCCUAUCACUUGGGAAUGGGGUAUGACCGCUGCUUCUGUCGUGGUAUAUAUCUUGAUUGCCGAAGGUUAUAAAUGGUGCAAGAGACAUUUUACGCUUACCGCUCGUUCCAGAUUCCGUUAUUCCUUGUCAUUCAACCGCUAAAAUAUUUAAUUUGUCUCUAAUUGUUUACACACACACACACACACAC